UUACAAAACCAGUGUCGUAUAAAAUUCUGAAAAUUAGAUUUCGUUGAAUAAUAACGUAAGAUUUAGGUUUAAGUGGUUAGUGUGUUAAAAGGAGUGAAUUUUAAGACAUUACUUGGAGAGUUUCCGUAAAAAUGAUUACGUUAACUGAGGAUGUCGGCAAGCUAUUCAAUGAGGUUCUUCAAGAAAUUUCUCAGAAUAUUCGUCACAUGAUGGAAGAACUUUGGCUCAACUGGUCUCAUUUGGGCGUGGAUGACAAUACAAAAGUUAGCAAUAUAAUUAAAUUGAAACAGAUUGAGAAAGAGUUCCAUAAAGAUGUGAUAUCUGAGACUAGACAAAAACUAAUAAUUAUGCAAAGUCAAGUAGACAAGUUAAAAGAGGAAACUGAAGAACUAAGCCGAUGUCUGUCGGUGGAUAUAACAAUAUUGGACUUUAAAGAAGAAAUGAUGUUAGUUGAAUAUAAGAGAGAAUUGGAAGAGCAGAUAGCUGGAUAUAGAGAGCAAAUGGAACAGCGCCGCAAGAAGAUGAAAAGGCUUGUUGAGUGGCAGAGAGACCUUACUGAAAAGCUCGGUGUCACAACACAUGAGCUACAAGAAAUACCUCUUCCUGCUGAAGAUGAAUUGGAUAAGCUCAAAGAUCACUUGGAAGUCCUACAAGCUGAAAGAGAUAAGAGAGCAGAGUUGUUUCUGAACACACAAGCUGAAAUUAAGGAUAUCAUGGAUAAGUUGCAAAUAAAACCGCAGAGUAAGUUUGAGCAAUCUGUUGUAUCAUCUCUAUCAGUAGACUUUAAGGUUACUGACUAUAACAUGGAUCGUCUGGCUAAGUUGAAGCAAGAUCUGCAAGAGAAGUAUGAUCAAACUAACAACCGGGUUUUAGAGUUGCGUGAGAGACUUACUAAACUCUGGGACUGUUUAGAGGAAGACUAUAUUUAUCGUGAUAACUUCCUACAAGCACAUCCUGGUUGUCACCCUGAAACGGAAACAGCACUCAAAGAGGAAAUAAAGAGAUGUGAUCAAAUUAAAAGACAAAAGAUUGCGGUGUUUGUUGCAAAUGUCCGUACAAAGAUAAAGUUGAUGUGGGACAAUGUGAUGUACUCAACUCAAGAGAGAGAAGAAUUUUUACACUACUUCCAGGAUAUAUUCACCGAAGACACCCUGACCUUGCAUGAACUAUAUUUGGAUAGAAUUACCAAAUAUUACAAUGAUAACAAGCAUAUCUUUGAGCUGGUAGUUACACGCAAAAAUCUAUGGUUGAAAAUGACGGAACUAGAAGCGCGUGCCUCUGAACCUGGCCGAUACCACAACCGCGGAGGACAACUGCUGCGAGAAGAGAAGGAACGAAAGGCGAUAGCUAGCAAUUUACCCAAAAUUGAAGCACAAAUUAGAGAUUUGGUCACUGAAUACGAGUCUAAGACAGGCAAUACCUUCACCGUGGAUGGCAAACCACUUUUGCAGCUGAUACAAGAUGAGUGGGAGGUCAGAAAAGCGGAGCGUCAUAACAAGCUGUCGGCUCGCAAGCAGGCGCUAACACCUACCACCCCACUGUUCCGUUCGCUCGCAACUUCACCACUCGGCAAACGAAAUCGCACGGCGGCUGGUUUAGCGGCCACCGCUGAGAAGAACAGACCUCCCAGCAAGCGUCAACUCAUCACGAGUAGUGCAACCAAGGCCGUCACCACUCUCUCCUCCAACCUAUCUGCGCUCAAGAGGUCAGCUAUAUCGACUGUUAAGAGACGUAUCAGCGGGCGGCUGGCGGCGCGAGCGGUGGCGGAGGGCAAGGGGGAGCUCGCCAAGCGGAAACUGGACUACGGCGGGGAUGGCAAGAAGACUCCGAAGGCCACCGUCAAUGGCAACAUUCUCAAACACAAGCGGACCUCGCACGGUCGGCGUCGUAGCGGCGGGCGGCGCUCGACUGGCGGCGCGCUGUCGGGCGAAUCUCGCGCCACCGAUCCGCUCAUGGAGACCACGCUGCUCACCACAUACACUGACUUCAAGGACGGCAUUAACGAGAAACAGAUCAGUCGAAGCUCAAUGGCAAACAACAAAGGCCACGAAGUAAAUCUUCCGACCAUAGUCUUUCAAACUUUAGAAGAGAGAAAAGAGACCCCAAAAAAAACUUUAAAAACGAACCCUACUCCACUGACGCCGAAAAUCGGAAAGGAGAAUAUACAACACGUGAAUAUGCCGAUGACGCCUAAGAGUAAUCUCCUAUGUACGCCCACGAGACUAACUCGAUCCGCUUUAAAGUUGAAUAACGAUGGCUUCGCGACCCCCCGAGCUCCCCUUAGCGCGAACAAAGUGAACCUUCAGAGACAAAACACAGUCACCAGUAUGCCCCUAAAGACGACUCCAAACAACGUUAGCCGGUCUAAAUCGCAUUCGCAUUUAAUGCGAGCCAAAAACUUCCCACCCCUCAUAUAAACUCUUCGAAAUGAUGUAUGCAUAUUUUAAUACAAUGCUGUGCUCCUUUUAUUACGAAUAGUAAUGUAUUAAGAUGUGUGGACAAUCAAUGACAUAAGUGAGAUUUUUAGAACAAAAAUCAAAUGUUAAUUUAUGACAUACUCGUUAAAAUAUUCCAAUUGUGUGUCUCAAUUAUUAUUAUUUUUGAUAGGUUUAAUUGACAUUGUAUUGAGGUAAUUUAAUAUGUUAAUAGAUUAUGUUAUGAAUAGUAUAUUUUUUACGUAGUUUCAUAUGUUUUUUUAAAGAUUUUCAGUUGGAUAUAAUUUUCAUUUUAGUUGUUUUUUAUAUAGUAUCAUAGUUUAGAAUAACUGGCUCGAUUAUAGUUUUUAAUUGAAUGAUUGAAAUUGCGACGAAAUACCAACAAAGAAUUUUUAUUUUUAUUCAUACUAUUUACAAGAUAAUACUAAGUAAUUAUCGUCCUGGCAGCUUUAACUGUUCGUUUGUGAGAUGUACUUAAUACUGGUCAGUAUUGUAUGAUUUAAAGAAUACAUAGCACGUGUGGUUCACUAUUUUCAUGCACAUAAAUAUACGAUGAUUUUCGAUAUAAUGUAAUUUUGAAUAAUUUGAAUUUGUAAAUUAUGAUUGUAAUAUAUUAUUCAUAUUUUUA